AUGACGCAGGAUACACUCCCUCGAAGAACUUCAGAAAUUGCCCAACACGCCCAACACACAAACUACUCAGCAGGUGAAAAGAACUUCGAGUCCGAGCUUUCAAAAUCUGGACAACAGUCUUCACAGACGUCAACAAACAUGGUACAAACGACAUAUAGGUAUCUUGAAUGGAGCACACUACCCAGCGAUAUUUACCCAUUUCCCGAGAGGCUUCCAGCCUCAGUGAUGAAGCAGACCGACCCUUUCACAUGGAAGAAAGAGCAUAAGAGCAUGAUAUUGGCAUUGGCUUGUUUUUCAACAGGGAUGACAGCGUACGCUGCAGGGGCUUAUACAAGUGGAAUUAGCCAGAUGUCAGAGGAAUGGGGAGUUGGCAGGACUGCAUUGCUGGUUGGAGUGACUACAUAUACGACUGGCUUUGCAAUUGCACCGCUAUUUCUAGCACCUUUGUCAGAGGUGUACGGAAGAAGACAAGUUUUUCUAUGGACAUUCGGAUUAUUCAACAUAUGCCACCUUUCAUCUGCACUUUGUCAUAGCUAUCCAGGUAUGCUGGUAGCGCGUUUCUUUCUCGGUGUUGGCGGAUCUACAUUCAGCACGAUGGUAGGUGGAAUUAUCUCAGAUAUUUAUCACGCACCAGAUCGUGGUCUUCCCAUGAGUUUGUUUUCGACUUGUGGGUUGGCCUUUACUGGUGUAGGACCUCUUGUUAGCGGUUUCGUGAAUGAUAACCUCUCAUGGCGAUGGAUUCACUGGAUACAAUUGAUACUUAAUGGUGUCGCUAUGCCGAUCGCCUAUUUUGUCCUCAAAGAGACCAGAGGGAGUGUACUACUCAGUCGUAGAGCAAGAGCGUUGAAUCGUUGGCUAGGUGAAAACGAGGAGUCGGAUGAAGGGCAAAAGGAGUUGGAAAAUGCCGGAGGAAUGAGAGUUAGAUGGAAAGUACUUGCAGACGAAGAGAGAGAGAGCAUGGCAAUUGUAAUAUCAGUUUCAUUAACUCGGCCCUUCCGUUUGCUUUUUACCGAGUCGGUGGUUUUCUGGUUUAGUAUGUGGGUGUCAUUUGCUUGGGCACUUUUGUUCCUAUUCCUCCAGGGUGUUCCUCUAGUCUUCAAAGAGAACCACGGAUUCGAUACUUCACAGACUGGAAUGGUUUUCAUUGCAAUGGUUGUUGGUACUCUUAUCGCACUUGGCCUUAAUACAUUGAUAGAAUACUUCGCAAAAAAAUAUUUUCUAGCAGGAAAUGCCCAACCAGAUCCUGAAUGGAGAUUAUAUUCUAGCUGUAUUAUCGGAUGUUGUCUCCCAAUUGGAAUGUUUUGGUUUGGCUGGACAUCAUUUUCAUCGCAACAUUGGAUCCUCCCAAGCAUGGGUGUUGGAUGUGCCACGAUUGGGAUAUAUGCGAUCUAUCUCGCUGUAUUCAAUUACCUUGCAGACGUAUACCACCGCUACUCUAGUAGUGCAAUUGCUGCUCAAAGUUUUUGUCGUAAUAUGCUUGCCGGAUGUUUCCCGUUGGUUACGACCGCAAUGUUUCAUCGUAUGACCUUUGCAGGGGCCUCAAGUUUUCUUGGGGGAGUUGCAGCAUUGUUAACAAUUGUGCCAUGGGUCUUGGUAUUCUUCGGAACUAGGAUUAGAGCACGGAGUGCGUUUGCUAAAGAAAUUAUGGCAACUUGA